AUGGCCAGCAGCCAACUCAAGGUCUCAAUGCUUUUACUCUCAUUGGCUGCAUUGGCCUGUGCUAUUCCGAGUGACAAAGGACACAACCUCCCAGGAAAAAUCAUAAAAGAAGUUGAUGCAGUGGUUGAAGGCCUAGUUUACUGCCAGAGCUGCCAACACUAUGGAACAUGGUCUCUCACAAGAGCUACGCCAAUUGCAAAUGCCACAAUCAGCGUUCUCUGCAUAAAUUACAGGAAGAUAGUCAUCUUCUACAAGGCAUUUCAAACAGAUGCGAAAGGAUAUUUCUACGCAGAGCUGAAAGGCUUCAAGAUGGUCCACCCCCUAAUAGACCAUCCCCUGCAUUCAUGCCAUGUGAAAAUUGUUUCAUCUCCCCUGGAAAGUUGCAAUGUCCUCACGAAUGUCAACUAUGGACUCCAUGGGGCAUCUCUGCGGUAUGAAAACAAAAAAUUGGUUGGAAGCAGUUAUGAAGCUGUGGUUUACGCUACAGGCCCCUUUGCUUUCCGUCCAGCUCAGUGCAUAAAAAAUUAUUGA